AUGGAUCCUCUUAGUAUUAUCGCGGGAAUCAUCGCUAUUGUUGACUCCAUUUUGUCAACUUACAGUGCUAUCCGUGAAAUCAAAGGAUUGCCUAAGGCUUUUGAAGAGGUUGAGCGAAAUCUUCCUCUUGUCAAGGAGACACUCCAAAUCGCGGAACAACAACUCCACAACAACUCUCCAAGCGAUGCUGAAAAGCGCGCCAUUGAACCAAUCAUCAUAGCCUGUGAGAGCAAGCUCAAAGAGCUCCACAAAGUCUUGACCAAAAUUCAGAAGCAAAAAAAAGAAGGCAAUGGCGAGAUCAAAGACUGGUCAUCACUGGCAAAGUUGUAUCAGAAAGUGGUUGUUCCGAUGGGGAAAGCCCAUAGGGUUGAGUCAUUGAUGAGCGCUAUGAUUGGCAGCCUGAAGGCUCUUGCGAUCCAUCAGAUGUUCAAGGCAGCAACUCAGCCGCAGGUUGGCAAACUUGAGGAGGCUAUCAAAAAGCUUUCACAAGUUGAGCCCUCUAUCCCAGACUCUGAUUUUGAAUCAGGUCGGAGCACUGUCAACCAGACAAAUAACGAUCGUUCAAAUGGGUUCCUUUGCACUGAGGGCACUAUGCACAACGUUGUUGGGGGCAAUGUUUGGAAGGCAGACCAUAAUAUGAAUUUCGCAUAUCACAUCCAUCAAUCUACUACUAGCUCCAGUGAUACAUGUCCCACCAUUCCACAAUGGCUCGAGUCGAUAACGACUCCCCUUCAUUUCGAAGAGAAGCUACAUGAGCUGUUGAGGAUUGCCCAAAGGUCCCGAGGGUCAGGCAACUGGUUUUUGAAGUUGCCUGCACUUUCUGAUUGGAUAGAUGGAGAUUUGCAGAAGCUAUUGGCUUAUGGACACGCCGGCGCAGGCAAGUCAGUCCUUGCCUCCAUUGUCAUCCAUCAUCUUCAGAAUCUUCAUAAUCGGCUCUAUGGCGACCACAAUGUGGCUUGUCUUUACGUCUACUUUGACUAUAAGAAGCAAAAGGCACAAACAUUGAUAAACAUACUAUCGAGUCUCCUCGUACAGCUUUUGCGCUGUUCACGCAAAGUGUCACAUGAGGUCCGAUGUCAAUUCGAUGAAUGGAGGCAAAAGAAAACUUUUCUAGGAGAUGGCGAGUACGUUGAUAUGAUCACUUGUCAGGCUAUGGAAUUCCGACGCAUUUACAUCGUAGUUGAUGCACUUGACCAAUGUUGCAGCGACACGAGUAACAACACCCUCAGUGAGUUUCUCGACAUUUGCUGCAAGCUGCCACGCACAUUUCACAGUCUUUUUACCACAAGGACAGACUUACACUCUCAGUUUCUUCGACCGGACUAUGAACUUGAGAUAACAGCACACCCGGACGACAUAUCGGCGUACCUAGAUAACUUCAUUGAUAGUCGCCAGGUGAUGAGAUCCAUUGUCAAUGAAGGUCAUUCUCGCAACCACUCAUUCCACGAGCACCUUCUCAACAGCAUUAUUAGUAGAUCAGAUGGGUUAUUCCUCCUCGCUCAUCUUCAUCUAGCAAAUCUAGCAUCUACAAAUACACUCGAGGAGUUUGAGUACACUUUGGAAAACCUUUCGGGCGAUUUGACGCAAGUAUACAAAGCAGCAUUAGAACGGAUCGAAAUACAGGAGGACAAACAACGUAACACAGCCAUUAUGUUGCUCUCAUGGAUCACUUUUGCAAAACGACCACUGACAAUAGCGGAGGCCACACAGGCACUGUACAUCCAGAAUGCUUCGCGAGAGCUUAGUAUGUCUGGAUAUGUUAUACCCAAGGUCACAUUGAAUGCCGAGGCGGAAUGGACUCUGACAUCAGUCUGUGCAGGUAUGGUCGUUGGAGUCGUUGAGAAGAAGACAACUUUCCUCCAUUUCGCGCAUAAGUCGGCAAGAAAGUUUCUGAAGAAGCACUUGCUGGUUGAAUGUCGAGAUGCCUAUUCGGUCAUGACCGAAGUAUGUCUGCGCUGUCUGAUCGACACACCUGUCAAACCACCAAAAGAAAAGACAACAGCCCAGAAUACCUCGGAGCAUUUCACCAAGAACUAUCCAUUUUUUCAUUAUGCCGCGAAUAACUGGGGCCUUCAUAUGGCGGAUAAGGUGAAGGGCCCCGUUUACCAGCUUGCAUGGAAAUUCCUCUCCGAGCAUGAGAAUAAGCAAAAGUUAAAUCGUGCAGUAUCGGUCAUGGAGGAUACCAACAUCUCUCGGGCAGAACAGUUUACAGGGCUACACAUUGCUGCAUACUUUGGGUUGACUAGUUUGGUCCAGAAAGCCGUAGGUCUUCAAAAACCCCUCGAUAUCAAUUCUCGCACGAAGCGGAACGAAACUCCUUUGCAUUGGGCCGUUUCUCGUGGCCAUCGCGAGUUUUCCGAGCUUCUGAUAUCGCAAAAAGCGGACCUGAAGGUACAAAAUGACGAUAAAAUGACACCGUUGCAUAUCGCAAUUGACAAGGAUGAUUCCGACAUGAUAUAUCUGCUUCUCUCAGACAGCUGCGCCGAACUUGAACUGGCAGACAUCAAAGGAUAUACGCCCCUUAUUGCAGCGGUCAAAAAAGGAAACGCUAAAUUAGUGCAAAAGCUUUUGCGUUUGGGCGCCAAAGCUGAAUCUGAAGAUGGUCAUGGCUGGACUGCAAUGCGCUGGGCAGCACAAUUGGGUUAUAAAAUGAUCAUCGAAACCCUGGUCCGCUACAAGGCAUCAGUGUCGUCUCCGACGAAAGAUGGUUGGACAUUACUCUGGUGGGCGGCUUCUGAAGGACGUUCCGACAUCAUUACUCUUUUAAAAGGGAUAAACAUAAACCUGGACGAACCUGAUAAAGAGGGGAAAACCGCUCUGCAGUGGGCCGUCCGAUAUCAAUGCUCCAUGGCGACAUGGGUUCUGCUCCAAGCAAAGGUCAAUGUUAACAAGCGAGACGACACUGGUAUGACGGCUCUACACGUCGCAGCAGAAACAUUUCACCUGUCAGUCAAAGGCAACGAUGUUCUAUGGCUCUUAUUGGCCAAUGGUGCAAAGGUCAAUACUCAGACAAAGACAUUCGGUCAGACGCCACUACACAUAGCGGCAUCAAAAGGGAGUGAGUCCGCAAUAUGGCUACUUCUUAGCAAAGGAGCAGAUACGACCAAACUAGAUGUCAACCGUCGUACUGCACUGCAUUGCGCUGUAGCCGGAGACCAUAUCCAAGCAGCGCAGCUUUUGCUCUGGAAAUCAGCCGAUCUCAUCAACGCGGCAGACCACGAGAAGCGCACUGUACUUCACUAUGCAGCUUCUCAAGGAAACGCGGCCCUUGUUGAAAUGCUUAUCAAUUCGGAUGCCGAUAUCAAUGCUCGUGACCGCAGUGGACAGACGGCACUGCACAUUGCCGUGCUACAGUCGCAUGAUGAUAUUGCUGCUUUCUUGAUCAGAAAAGAUGCGAAUUUGGAAAUAAUCUGCAAAAUAAAUCGAAAGAGGAUGAGCUUGGAUGAUUUGGUGCUUUCUAUGAACAAUACGGCCAUCAUGGGUGCGAUUGAUGAGGUCAGACAGAGUCGCUCCUCAUACGAAGCGUAG